CUUCUGAAAUUUUCUCCGCUGCGAGAUCUCUACUAUUAUACGAUGGUGUCCCUAUCCUAAUGGUUGUAGAAAGCUUCUGACCGAAAAAAAGACAGCGUCUUUGGUUUCAUUUGGAGCCGUCGGAGGAUAAAGUCAGAACCUUUAUCACUGUGAGCUUGCCGGAGAAGAUGGCGAGUGUGCCGGAGAUAAAGAUAGUGAGGAGCGAGAGCUUAGGGCAUCGAAGUGAGGUGUCGAGCCCGGAAGCUAAGCUAGGGAUGCGCGUGGAAGAUCUCUGGGAUGAGCAGAAGCCUCAGCUCAGCCCUGACGAGAAGCUCAACGCCUGCUUCGAGAGCAUCCCUGUCUCUGCUUUCCCUCUCUCCUCUGACUCACAAGAAGACAUCGAGAUAAGAUCAGACACAAGUUUGGCUGAAGCUGUGGAGACACUAUCGAAACUCAAGGUCUUGAGCGCUCCUGUUGUAGAUGUUGACGCUCCUGAAGACGCCAGCUGGAUUGAUCGCUACAUCGGUAUUGUGGAGUUUCCAGGCAUUGUAGUCUGGCUCUUGCAUCAGCUGGACCCAACAUCUCCAAGGAGCCCUGCCGUUGCAGGUUCAAAUGGAACUUCUCAUGAUUUCUCCGCCCAUAUCCUGGAUAACGGAGAUGAUUCAGCUGUAACUUCUGGAAACUUCUUUGAGGUCCUUACUUCUUCAGAGCUAUACAAGAACACCAAGGUUCGAGAUAUCUCUGGAACAUUCAGAUGGGCACCCUUCCUUGCUCUGCAGAAAGAGAACUCCUUUUUAACCAUGUUGCUGCUUCUUUCCAAGUACAAAAUGAAGAGCAUCCCUGUGGUUGAUUUAGGAGAAGCAAAGAUCGAAAACAUAAUCACACAGUCAGGAGUUAUCCAUAUGCUGGCAGAAUGUGUGGGGCUUCACUGGUUUGAGGAUUGGGGAGUCAAAACUCUCUCUGAAGUCGGUCUUCCCAUUAUGUCAAAAGAUCAUAUCAUUAAGAUUUAUGAGGAUGAACCAGUUCUUCAGGCGUUCAAGCUGAUGAGGAGAAAGAGAAUCGCAGGCAUACCCGUUGUUGAAAGAAAAAGUGAGAAGCCAGUAGGCAACAUUAGCCUUAGAGAUGUUCACUUUCUCCUAACUGCCCCAGAGAUCUACCAUGACUACAGGUCAAUCACAACGAAGAACUUCUUAGUAGCGGUUAGAGAGCAUCUGGAGAAGCGUGGGGAUACAUCAGCACCUAUUCUGAGUGGUGUCAUUGCUUGCACUAAGAACCAUACGCUAAAGGAACUGAUUUUGAUGCUAGACGCUGAGAAGAUCCAUAGACUAUAUGUGGUGGAUGAUUCAGGUAACCUCGAAGGACUCAUCACUCUCAGAGACAUCAUCGCAAGACUUGUGUAUGAGCCACCUGGCUAUUUUGGGGAUUUCUUUGACGGUGUUAUACCUCUACCUCAAAACUACAGAGUCUAACAAAUGGUCUCUUUCUUUGUGUUAGUUUGUCUUUGCUUCUCUGUCUGUUUGUGCCAAAGGUCUUGAAUUUUGUCUUAUAAACGUUCAAACAGAGACAAUAAAAGAGGAAAGAGCUAAUCUUUGAGUGAAUA